UUGUGUCCGAAGAGUGAAAAUAAAAAACGGACGGACACAGAGUAUAGUGAUGAUGAUGAUGAUGAUGGUGAUGACCAACCGAAUCGAAUCCAUCCGCCCAUCUAAGUUUUAGAAAGGAAAAAAUGAGCAAGACAAAAAAUGAUAUAAAAAUGCGAUCGAUUUGUUUGAAAAAAUCAUCAUUCGACGAUCACUUAAAAGCCAUUUUAAAGUCUAACUAUUUUUAUUUGUUUUUUUACAUUGUGUAGCUGUAUUGUGUGUGUUUUGCUGUUGUAAACAUCAUCCUGUCUUUCAAGUGUGAUCAUUUUUCGUUUGUUUGUGUUUUGCUCAUCCAAAUUUUUAUUUUUUCUUAAAAAAUUCAAAUACCUACAUCAGAAAAAAAAUGUUGUUUUACAAUCGAUUCACCUAUUGUUUGUUGGCCAUCGCUGUUAUUGCCAUAAUAAAUGUCAAUGCACAAGGCGGUUUCGAUGCUAUGGAUGGACAAUUUAAAGAAGGUGGUAGUGGCCGAGAAAGAAUUCAGGCAGCUGUACAGACAAAACAUACGGUCGAAAUGAAACCUGUUGAUAUUCCAUACGAAGACAUUGAGCCACAGGUAAUCGAAGUUGAAGGUGGUGCCCUACCAUUGGAAAUUCAUUUCAAAUCAAGCUCAUCACGUAUCCGUGUACAUCAAACACAUGAAGCAGCUGGUGCUGGUGAAGUUGAACAAACUUCAUCGGAAGAAGAACCACAUCGACUUAUUCACGAAGUUAAAAAACCAAUUAUUCAGGAAGUCCGUGAAAUCAUCACACCAUACCGUAAAGUGGUUCAAGAAAUUCAACCUGUUAUGGAAGAAAUUCAUACAAUUGUUGCCAAAGGUGAAGCACGAAGAAAUUUUGAUCGUACACAAACUAAAACACGUGGUGGCCGUGGCUCAUUGGCAUCACCAUCGGCACGUGCACAAUCGGCUGGUAGCUCUGGAAGCUCAACAUCGCCAUUCUAAUUAUGAUAAUUAUUAUUUUAUUAAUAAUAAUAAUGAUAAAAUCAUUAUUCAUAGUGAAA